UAUUUUAGAUUCUCUCUCACCGUUGUUGGGUUGGGGGACUGGAGGAGUGGCUUUAUCAAGUAUCCACGACCUAAACACCCUCUCUUCUUUCCUCUCUUCUUUGUCUUUCUUCUUCUCUCUCUCUCUCUUCUCCCACGUUUACAUGCAUCUUCUUCUUUCGAUCUGUCUUCAUGCUCUGUCCCUUGGCUUUCUGUAAUUCGAACUCGCUCCGCAGACUCAAUCCCUUACACUAAAUUCCCGAUUCCCUCCGAAACGCGUCGUUUUAGAUCCCAUGGAAAUGGCCUCGAGUCCGCGAAACGUGGAGGAGAUCUUCAAAGAUUACAGUGCUCGAAGAACUGCUGUUGUCCGUGCUUUAACUUACGAUGUCGAUGAAUUCUACGGACUCUGCGAUCCAGAUAAGGAGAAUUUGUGUCUGUAUGGGCAUCCAAAUGAAAACUGGGAAGUGACACUUCCGGCAGAAGAAGUCCCACCCGAGCUUCCGGAGCCAGCACUUGGGAUCAAUUUUGCAAGAGAUGGUAUGAACCGCAAGGACUGGCUUUCUCUGGUUGCUGUUCACAGUGAUUCUUGGCUGCUUUCUGUGGCUUUCUAUUUUGGAGCACGCCUUAACCGCAAUGAGAGGAAACGCCUCUUUAGUUUGAUCAAUGAUCUGCCUACUGUCUUUGAAGUUGUGACGGAAAGGAAACCCGUUAAAGAAAAGCCCAGUGUGGAUAGUGGAAGCAAAUCUCGAGGCAGCACAAAGAGAUCCAGCGAUGGAAUUGUGAAAAGCAAUCCUAAGCUUCCAGACGAGAGUUUCGAGGAGGAGGAUGAUGAACAUAGUGAAACUCUCUGUGGGAGCUGCGGCGGUAAUUACAACGCAGAUGAAUUUUGGAUCGGCUGUGACAUCUGUGAGAGAUGGUUCCAUGGAAAAUGCGUGAAGAUAACACCUGCCAAGGCUGAGAACAUCAAGCAAUACAAAUGCCCAUCUUGCAGCUUGAAAAGGGGCAGGCAGUAGUGAUCACUCAACCUCAAACCUUCCGGGGUAGGAAAGGCAGAUAGCUCGUCGUCUCAGUGGCUGACAAAAGUAGUAUAGGAAUGUCACUAUUUAAUGUAAUGCAUUUGUUGUUGUGAUGUUUGUUCAUAAUAGAUGCUUUUUCAGAGGGGUUGAAGCCUGCCUUCUUCCCCAUCAAAUGUUGCCUCGGCUUUUAUAUUAUCUUCCAGUUAUUAAUUUACGACAAAUGUAUGAAGAAUAUUUGCUUCUUGUUAGUGUUAUUGUUAUGUUUCGUGU